UAAAAAGAUUAUCUAGGCUAAGCAUACAAUUCUUCUCAAUGGGAAGCCAAAUGAAGAAGCAAUUUGCUUAUGCUUUGGCAUUUUUCUUGAUUGCCUCAUACACUAUGGCAUAUUCACCUUAUGAAUCAUCAGAUUCAACAUACAAUAAAGUACCAACCACAGAAGUCAAAAGUGAUGACUUCAAGGCACCCUCAGAGUCGGAAAAGGAAUAUAAGGAGUCAUUUUUGCUGAAAAAUGAUUACUACAAGAAGCCAUUAGUUUCAGAAGAUAACUAUAAGAAAGUACCCUCUGUUUCCGAACAGGAAUACAAGGUGUCAUUCUUGCCAAAGAAUGACUACAACAAGAAGCCAUUAUUUUCAGAAGAUAACUACAAGAAGGCGUCAUAUGUUCCAGAGGUACCUUCGAUGGCUAAACCAGAAUAUAAGGAGUCAUUUUUUCCAAAAUUUGACUACUUCAAGAAGCCAUCAGUUCCAGAAGAUAACUACAAGAAGGCGUCAGAUGUUCCAGAGAUACCCUCAAUGGCUAAACCAGAAUAUAAGGACUCAUUUUUACCAAAAUUUGACUACUUUAACAAGCCAUCAAUUCCAGAAGAUAGCUACAAUAAUGUGCCAAAUGUUCCAAAGGUGCCCUCCGUUCCUAAAGAAGAAUACAAAGUGUCAUCCUUGCCAAAUAAUGAUUACUACAAGAAGCCAUUAGCUCCAGAAGAUAACUACAAAAAGGUGUCAUUUGUUCCAAAGGUGUCCUCGCUGCCUAAAGAAGAAUUCAAGGUGCCUUCUUUGUCAAAGAAUGACUACUACAAGAAACCAUCAAUUCCAGAAGAUAAUUACAAGAAGCCAUCAUUUCCAGAAGAUAACUACAAGAAGGUGUCACAUGUUCCAGAAGUACCCUUAGUGCCUAAACCAGAAUACAAGGUGCCUUCUUUGCCAAAGAAGGAUAAUUACAAGACGUCAACCGUUCCAGAAGAUAGCUACAAGAAGGUAUCAUAUGUUCCAGAGGUACCCUCAGUUUCUAAACCUGAAUACAAAGUGCCUUCUUUCCCAAAGAAUAACUACUACAAGAAGCCAUCAGUUCCUGAAGAUAACUACAAGAAGGUGUCAAAUGUUAUUCCAAAGGUACCCUCAGUUGCUAAACCUGAAUACAAAGUGCCUUCUUUGCCAAAAAAUGACUACUACAUGAAACCAUUCCCUUCUCCAUCACCACCACCUCCAUAUUAUUAAAUUUCCAUCUGUCUUGUUGAACAUGCAUGUUUCAUUUAAGUUCUUCUCCAGCUCAACAUAUAUAACCCUUAGGGUUCUCAUAUUAUGAGUUAGAAGGCAUGAUAUCAGAAUUUGUAAUUCUUUAUUUAUUUUUUUCCUCUUCCUACUUCGGAUUGUAAUUGUUUUGUCAUUUAAAUUAUAUUAUGAAUGUUUUCAGAGAUUUAUUUCAGUUGA